AUGUCUGGAAUUGUUACACCAUGGCUCCCCACCCUGCCGGCUACCGUGUACAAAAACCCGGUGGUCAUUGCGGCUGCUGUGAGGACACCGAGCGCUCCCUUCCGAAGCGAGGAGCAGCGUUUGGUCGGCAUGGUGGUCGACCAAUUGGUCAAGCGGAGCACUGUGCCUCGUGUUGAGUUCAAGAAGGUGAUUGUGUCUUCCUCCUCCAAACUGCCGGUUGCUGAAUGCGGGGCACGUCUAAACGCUGUUUCCAAAGAGCUGGGCCUCAAGACCGACGUUCUUGCUCUGCAGGAUGAUGUGUGCUCCAUAAGAGGGGUGCAGAUGACCUUGGAGAGCUUGCAAUGCCAAGGCGACCAGUGCAUUAUAACGAGCGAUAUUCGAGGCCAGAUUGUGCAGCCAAAACAUGGGGUGCUGGCCAAUGAAAUGAUGGAGGUCCAGCAACCUCCAAGGAAGCUAAAGAACAAUCAGGAGACUUCAACGACCCUAGGAGCCGCUGCUUUGGCCUGGACCUCUCUGGAGAACGCCCAGCGACUGCAGCUUCAGCCCCUGGCAGUGGUUCGGGAGUUUUCGAUGGAGCAGGAAGCGGAGCUAGCAAUAUACCGAUUGCAUGACAGGGAACCCAUCAAGCCAAGUGAAGUUUUUAGUUGGAACCUGGUCACUGACGAUAAGAUGUCAAUUUCGGAGACCUUACUCCGGGAUUUAUACACCAGCCGCCUUUGCACACACGACUCAAAACAGAUCACGGCCAGCCACCUCUUAACCCACCUGGUGCACUCCCUGCCCACAGGUGAGAUAGGUUGUGUCUUUAUGGGAACGCCAGAGGGUCGUUCCUUGGGCAUGACUCUUGAAAAAAUAGCACCCAAUAUCCCCCAGGAUGAUGGCAGGCCUCUGCUAACAUUGUACACCCGAGAUCCUUGCCCAUUGUGCGACGAGUUAGUUGACAGCUUGGAACAAAAUUUCGCUGGCCAAUACCGACUAGAGAAAGUUUACAUCGAUCGCAAGGAAAACGUGAGAUACCUGCGCCUCUUCCGGCACGACAUCCCGGUGCUCUUCUUUAACGGACAGUUCCUGUGUAUGCACCGACUCAACAAGGAGGCAAUGCGGGAGUCUUUAAAGGGUUUAAGACGAAAUUAUUGAAAAGCACUGGCUUUCUUUAUGAU